AUGCUCUCCACCAGAACGGACGAGGAGGAAUUUGGCAGUUGUAUUAUUGACAAUGAACUCCUCAUCCAGAUGGUGGAGGAUAGACCACCACUGUGGGACCACACGGACCGCCGCCAUGCUGACCAUCAUGCUACCCGGCUUCUCUGGCUUGAGAUAUGCAAAGUCUUAGUGCCUAAUUGGGACGACCUCAAUGAGAGUCAACGGGAGGAGUGCUGGACUACAAUCCUGGUGCGGUGGCGGUCAAUGAGGGACCGCUAUAAGAAGGACUACAACGAGGAGGUCAAGCGCCCGAGUGGUUUGAGAGCAAGCCAAAAGCGGCUGUACCGCACAUCUAGCAGUACGAGCCUCCUCGUGAAGUCCUUCCAGAGGCCGGAGCACAAGAGGCGGUCCCCGAAGAGCCGCCCACCGCGGGUCCCUUUACGUCCUACUCUAAAAGCUGUUCGGGACCUCAAUGUUCCCCUACCUGUGCCCUUUGGCGACUCAACAAUGGCCACAAUGGCACCACUUUUUGAGGCAUUGAUGCGUCGCCAGAGGACCGGUAGGAGCCGUCAGGCGGACUACAAGGAUCUCACAAGGCUCGUUUACGAGUCCUUGAUGGGAUUCACCAAUAGAGUUGCCGCUUUGGAGGACCAAGUGCGACGUCUGCAGGAGGGGGCGGUGCAUACGUCGCAAUUGGGUCCUGUGCAUCACUAUUGGUAUUCGUUACUCGCCGUGAUGGAACGAUUUACGCCCGACCAGUUGUUUGAGGCCCGAAGACAGGUGGACAGUGUCUUGUGCGAACUAUACUUGGUUCGCUCCACCAGCGAUGGGAGAUUACUUUAG